CAAUUUUAUGUGAAAAAAAAUAUUUAAUUAAAAAAUUAAUAAAUCAUAAAGGUAAUUAUCCUCUUCUUCUCCAAGGAACUAUGCUCUCCAACAAAUGGCUGCAAUUUCGCACAUUUCCACACUCUUCCUCCACUCACCUCCAUUUCCUGCCUCUGCAUUUUCUCGCUCGCCAAACAGGAACCGGAGCUACCUUCUUCCUCCUUUAGUCUCACUCCACCCACCACUUGAAUCCAUCUCCACGUCCCUCCCUCUCCUCCAUCGGAAAUCUUCCUUUCCCAGCACCCAUUCUCGUUCCUGCUUUCGACGCCUCAUCGUCAACAAUAAUAGCGACAACGAAGAAAAUUCAUUCUUUUCUUCAGCAUUAGACUCGCUUCUCCUUCUCUGCGCAUCCGUUGCUCUUUCCUUCUCUCUCUUUGUCGCCGAUGUUGGGCCUGCCUCGGCCUUCGUAGUCAGCCCGCCGCGUAAGUUGCAGUCCGAUGAGCUCGCUACGGUUCGCCUUUUCCAAGAGAAUACUCCCUCUGUGGUUUACAUCACCAAUCUCGCUGUCAAGCAGGAUGCUUUCACGUUGGAUGUAUUGGAGGUGCCACAGGGAUCUGGAUCAGGUUUUGUGUGGGACAAAGACGGUCACGUUGUCACCAAUUACCAUGUGAUUCGUGGGGCUUCUGAUCUUAAGGUCACUCUUGCUGACCAGUCUACUUAUGAUGCAAGAGUUGUUGGAUUUGACCAAGACAAGGAUGUUGCUGUUUUGCGUGUUGAUGCACCUAAAGACAAACUAAGGCCCAUACCUAUUGGUAUCUCUGCCGAUUUGCUUGUUGGUCAGAAAGUAUAUGCUAUUGGCAACCCUUUUGGACUUGAUCAUACACUUACAACUGGUGUUAUCAGUGGGCUUCGCAGAGAGAUCAGUUCUGCUGCUACUGGUCGGCCAAUUCAGGAUGUUAUACAAACAGAUGCUGCUAUUAAUCCGGGUAAUAGUGGAGGGCCACUACUAGAUAGUUCAGGAAGCCUUAUUGGGAUAAAUACAGCUAUAUAUUCUCCUUCUGGUGCAUCAUCUGGGGUUGGAUUUUCAAUUCCAGUUGAUACAGUAAGUGGUAUUGUUGACCAGUUGGUGAGGUUUGGGAAAGUGACACGACCAAUUUUAGGGAUUAAAUUUGCACCAGAUCAAUCUGUGGAACAGUUGGGAGUGAGUGGGGUGCUUGUUUUAGAUGCUCCAGCAGAUGGUCCAGCUGGCAAAGCGGGCCUGCAACCAACAAAACGUGAUGCUUAUGGUAGACUGAUUUUGGGUGAUAUAAUAACAUCUGUGAAUGGGAGAAAGGUCACAAAUGGCAGUGAUUUGUAUAGAAUUCUUGACCAAUGCAAAGUUGGUGAUGAGGUUAUUGUGGAGGUUUUGCGUGGUGAUCGCAAGGAGAAGAUCCCUGUAACACUUGAGCCAAAGCCUGAUGAAUCAUAAGAUGUGAAGUGGUAUGCAAUGUAUAUUUUGCUAUGAUAUGUAUAUACACCAGCAAUGGUCAUUGUUUUUUGUGUAUUAAUUGUUCCACACUAGACUUUUACAUGCACCAGCUAUUGUACCGUUUGAUAUCAACCUUUCAGCAUGUGAAGCUGAAGCUUUGGUACACACACUGAACUCAUCUUUUAGAAAUUGGAAAAUGCACCCCUUAAAGACUUGGAUUCUUCAAAGCCUGUGCCUCUGAAAUUUUAACGAUCAACUCAGGGCCACAGCCAUUAAUAUGAUCAUGAAACUAACAUCAGCCUAUAGAAGAGAUAAUAAACGUGUCACCUGGGAAUGGAAUCCAACUUACCAUGAAAGUCUUGCAUGCGUCUCUUGUUAGCAGUCUCAUAUUGACUUUGGCACUUCUUCGGCCUGAUUAUAGAAGACUGCCUGAUUAUCUGAUCAUGUUUGUAACUUUGCAUGCAGUUCUCCUCUGGCAGGUCAAACAUCGGGUAACUAACCCUUCUUUUUCAUAACAUUAAAGACUUUUAAGGCUCGUCAUUGACGUGCACAUAAAUAAUGAUUAUGGAGCAUAAGCCGAGCAUAAGAACUACUGGUAGAGAUGCUUGAUCAAGGUUUUCCUUAAGUCAAGAAACUGUUUAGAUAAUU